GCAGGGCACAGGAACUUCCUGGUGGCUGCUCCAGGAGUCCUGUUCACUUGGCUUUCAAUGUAGCAGGAGAUUGCCUACUGGGAUAACAAGGCUGUAACUAAAAGAAGAGCCAUGGCUUUGGAAGAUGGGAUUCAGGCUGAGGACGUCAGAGGUGCCCUCAGUGAACUCUCGAUUCUUCAAGUAUAGGAAGGCAAGUUGGGCAGCCAUGGAGAGGGGCAAUGACACCAUCCAGGCCCUUGCCAUGCCACCCACCACCUGUGUCUACCGGGAGGAUUUCAAGCGGCUGCUGCUACCCCCUGUGUAUUCAGUGGUAUUGGUGGCUGGUCUGCCACUGAACAUCUGUGUCAUCACCCAGAUCUGUGCAUCCCGCCGGGCCCUGACUCGGUCUGCAGUGUACACCCUGAACCUGGCCCUGGCCGACCUGCUGUAUGCUUGCUCCCUACCCCUACUCAUCUACAACUAUGCCCAAGGGGACCAUUGGCCUUUCGGAGACCUCACCUGCCGUCUGGUUCGCUUCCUCUUCUAUGCCAACCUACACGGCAGUAUCCUGUUCCUCACCUGCAUCAGUUUCCAGCGCUAUCUGGGCAUCUGCCAUCCCCUGGCCCCCUGGCACAAGCGUGGGGGCCGCCGGGCUGCCUGGGUGGUGUGUGGAGCUGUGUGGCUGGCUGUGACAGCUCAGUGCUUGCCCACAGCGGUCUUUGCUGCCACCGGCAUCCAACGGAACCGCACUGUCUGCUACGAUCUGAGCCCACCCAUCCUGGCCACUCGCUACCUGCCCUAUGGCAUGGCCCUCACUGUCAUCGGCUUCCUGUUGCCCUUCACAGCCUUGCUGGCAUGCUACUGUCGCAUGGCCCAGCGCCUAUGCCGCCAGGAUGGCCCGUCAGGACGGGUGGCCCAGGAGCGGCGCAGCAAGGCGGCCCGCAUGGCGGUGGUGGUGGCAGCUGUCUUUGCCAUCAGCUUCCUGCCUUUCCACAUCACCAAGACAGCCUACUUGGCCGUGCGCUCCACACCGGGUGUCUCCUGCCCGGUGCUGGAGGCCUUUGCUGCUGCCUACAAAGGCACGCGGCCUUUUGCCAGCGCCAACAGCGUCCUGGACCCCAUCCUCUUCUACUUCACCCAGCAGAAGUUCCGCAGGCAACCCCAUGAGCUCCUACAGAAACUCACAGCCAAGUGGCAGCGGCAGAAGCACUGAAGCCACAGGGCAAGGCCUGGGACAGCCAACAGGCAGUGGUCUGUUUGCCAUUGAGGCCAGGGAGCCAGAAAGCCCUCCUUCAACCACAAAGAGAUGCAAAAGUCCGCCCAACAGGCCUGGGCCUGGGUCUCCAGAAGUUCCCAGUCAGCCAUGAAGUUAGGACAACCGGGUUUUGGAGAAGGAGAGUUCACACCUGUAAUCCCAACACUCAGGAUGUUGAAGCAGGAGGAUGGCUAAAUUCCAAGCCAACCUGGUGGUAAAACCCUGUCUCAGAAAAAUCUCAGAAAAUUCAAGGGCUUGGGACCAGCUGUAGUGGAGCACACAUUUAAUCCCAGCACUCAGCAGACAGAGGCAGGCAGAUCUCUGUGAGACCGA